AUGGGAUGGAUCAAGCAGCCAAGACUCAGUGGUCGACAGUGCGACUCUUCCAGCACUGAAGUUAUGUCUUUUGGGCCAAUUUCAAUUGCCUCACUACCUCUACACAUGGAUCCUGUUGUGGUUGAAAACACUUGGCUUACAAAAUCAAGUAAAAUCGACAAGAUGGAAGGCCGGGUUCCAUUCAGAGAUAUUACAAAUGUUCACCCAACAACUUCACCAAAAAGGAACUACUCUGUCGUUGGAGAGCAGAAUGAUCCUUUAGUUGAAACCAGAAAUGCUACGCAAAUGAAUUCUUCCCAGCGUAAGCGUUACCGUGACCGGGAUAGAUACUUGCAAAUGACUCCAUAUCAGAGGGAAGCCUAUUUGCAAAGGAAUCGUGAGUACAAAAGAAUGAGGCGUGAGUGCAGCGCAAGUUGUAGCAAUACACAACCAGCACCCCAGCAGAAAAAUACAAGAGCUAAUAAGAACAUAUGCAUGACAGGAAAGGAAGUCGUGGCCAGUUCAAACUAUGAGAAGCAUGAUUCGGUAUUUACUCAACUGGGGUCUUCAUCAAAAGGAAAACAAGUGGCGGAUGUUGGUGGUUCUGGCACAAGUCGUCCAAAAGCUGGAACUCGAUUCACCAUCAGUCCAUCUGGCAUAUAUUUAUCAUCAAUAUCCUUGGAAGAUCAAGCUGCAAAAUAUGAAUUGAAAAAUGUACGUCAGCGUAAGCGACAUCAUUGCGUCAACAUGCACUCAGAACUGUCACAUGAUCAAGAAGAAACACACGUACAAGAGAUUUGUGGCCAUAAUAAAAGACAGAGGCCAGAAAAAGAAAGUUGUAGUACUGCACGGGAUCGUGGCAGAGAGACCAACAACUUGCAUGAAGACCUCAUUUAUGUGCCCCAGGAUUCUUUUCCUGCCAUUCAUGAAUAUCUGGCAAAUACUGAAGACUCCAUUGAGUACGAUGAUGUGGAUGAUGAGAGUCUAAUGUAUAAUAGACCAUGUCUUGACUUUGAAUCAUGUCAAGAGCCAAAGCAUGUCACAAAAUGCAUACAAGCAGAUCCAUAUGAUCAUAUAUAUCAUAAAUUGCCCCGUGGCUAUCAUUUUCUAGAGCGAGUGCCCAACUGUAGACAUUGCAAUGCGAAAAGGUUCCAAUAUGAGACGCCAACAUUUUGUUGCAUGAAUGGAAAAGUAAAGAUAGUAACCCCAGUGGUUCCUGAUGAAUUGCGUCAGUUGUACAUGAGCCAGGAUCCAAAUGCAAAAUACUUCCAAGAUCAUAUACGGUGCUUCAAUUCUCAUUUCUCUUUUACCUCUCUUGGUGUGAUCCUGGACCGAAGAUUCUGCAAUAGGAGGUUUGGAGUAUACACCUUUUGCGCACAGGGCCAAAUUUAUCACCGUAUUGACCAGUUGGUUCCAAAAGAAGAUGGCCCCAAGCAUUUACAGUUAUACUUCUAUGACACGGAUGCAGAUUUGCAACAAAGAUUUCUUCACUCGCCAAACCUUGACCAAACUCUGAUCCGGAAGUUGGUGAAUAUACUUUCAAGUAAUCCUUAUGCACAAAUAUUUAGAAACCUUGGUUCUAUUCCAAACCUUGAUGAAUAUAAUAUUGAGCUUAACACAAAUAUUGCCUUAGAUCAAAGAGUAUAUAAUGCUCCGACAACAUCACAAGUAGCAGCAAUUUGGGUCGAGGGAAAUAAUCCUCGAAGUUAUUUUGACAGGAGUAUCAUGGUUUACGGUAAAUCGGAUAAACCACAAUACAUAAAAGCAUACCAUGGUUGCUAUGAUCCAUUGUCGUAUCCACUUUUUUUCCCGAAUGGGGAAGUUGGAUGGAACCUGAAUUUACCAAAAGUUGCUCCCCAUGGUAAGAGGAAGAGAAAUGAUCAAGCAAAUGCUCUCAGUGAAGAAGGAGUGGAAAAGAGCUCUGGUUCUUGUGUAUCACCAAGGGAAUAUUAUUGUUAUAAGUUACAAAUCUGA